CCCCAGCAAGUACUCCGGGGGCACUUUGGCCACGCCGACCUUGACCGUGCUGAACCCUGACCGCACAGACAGUGGCACCUACCGGUGUCGGGCGUCUAACGGGGACGACACCGUCACAAGCCCGGACGUCACCGUCAGCAUUCAGUAUGUCCCGAUAGCCAACGUCGCCUCCCCCAAGCAAGAAAGUGCUCAGUCCGGUGCGCCCGUGUCGUUGACGUGUGACGUGACGGCGGUGCCCAACGAUAUUACGUAUCGGUGGUUCCAGGGCAACACAGAACUGGCGGGGGCCAACACCAGAAUACUCAGCCUGGUGAUGAACGAUGACGCAGAUUUCGGAAGCUACACUUGCAUAGCGAGCAACACCUUAGGUGAAGGUGCCCAGAUUAAGUUCAACGUUCAGGAGGUUGGCGGACCUGGGAGGAGAGACGACGAUCCCGGAAAAAGAAGUACCGGAGAACUCAAGAGGAUCGUAACGUUCUGACUGAGCCUAACGGAGAUGUCCAGUGAACGAUGACGUAGAUAGUUGUCUUUUGUACCCAGAAUAUUUCUACGGAUGUUUUUUUUAACAACUGUCAGAUUUUUAUAUGUAUGUAUAGACCAGCAUGUUUAUGCGGUUGUUUUUAAACAACUGUUAGAUUGUUUUUUUUAUGUAUGUAUACAUCAGAGCUGUUCUACGGUUGGUUUUGAACAACUGUCAGAUUUCUAUACGUAUGUAUACAUACACACACACGUGCAUACACACAAGCGUGCACGUACACAUACACACGUGCAAACACGCACACACACGCACACACACGCACACACACACACACACACACACACACAAACAUAGAGAUAUAUGAGCAUUUUCUGAAGAUGCAAACAGAACCCCAAGAGAGUCAGGGGUAGGGUAGGGGGGGCAGGAGGGUAGUAGAGACAGUCUACGUUGUGUAGUUUGUUUAAUCUUUUAAAAUUUGUAUAGUGAGCUUCGAUCUCUAUUUCUCCACUCAGCUUAGUCGUAUCAAACAUGGGCUUUAAAUCGAAGAUCAGGCUUCUUUCAAAACUUUGUAAAUUUUGAAAAGUGGUUAAAAUCUAAAUAAAAGAAUAAUCAAUUAUUUUCACUGGUUAUGUCCUCUUUCUGAAUCUUGUAGUUUUGAAAAUGGUGUACAACACAAUCAGUGUAAUUAUUAUUAAUUAUGUUUACUUUCUAUGGCGUCUUUCAGAGCCCAUAAGCCUUGAAAAUGACAGGAAAUCCAUACAAUAUGAUAAUUAUGAUAUAAUACAUUGUAUUCUGAUCAAAUUUUAUAUGGCCUCCCAUGUUUAAAAUGGUGAGUAAGCCAUACAGUAAUAACACGAUUAAUUAAGAUCAUUUGUCUAAAUUGGAAAGGGUGUAAAAACGAAAAAAAAAA